UAAUUACAAACAUGAGAUUGCUCUUUGACAGAAAGAGUCUAUCUACAGCUUUUUGAUUCUUGAUCCAUAAACAACAGCGAUCCAAUUUGAAUUCAAUUCAACUCCUUGGGAAAACCCGUUUUUGAUCCCUUAUUCUUCAUAAUUCAUCUUAAAAAACCCAAAAUCUUGGCUUCUGAUCCCCAAAUUUCAUCUGCUUCCAAUCAAAAUCAACCGCCAAUCAGAAAACCCUAAUCUCGAAAUCUGACCACGUUGUAUGUAUCGGUACAGGUUACGUCACCGAUACUGAUACUCUGUUCCACAAGACAACCUAUCGGGCAUCCUAGGGAUUCAAAACCCUAAUUUACGCCCGGACCAACUGUAUUUUCAAACUUCGUUUUGCUAUUUAGGUUUUGAGAUUUUGACAGAAUUGAUCCACAUGGGCAAUGUAUUUGUAAAGAAGCCGAAGAUCACAGAAGUUGAUCGAGCAAUUCUCUCUCUCAAAACCCAGAGACGUAAGCUUGCUCAAUAUCAACAACAGCUCGAGAAAGUUAUUGAUGCUGAAAAGCAAGCUGCGAAGGAUUUGCUUCGUGAAAAGAAGAAAGAAAGGGCCUUGUUAGCGCUGAAGAAGAAGAAAGUACAAGAAGAUUUAUUGAAACAAGUUGAUGCAUGGCUUGUCAACGUUGAGCAGCAAUUGGCAGAUAUUGAAUUAGCAAGCAAGCAGAAGGCUGUGUUUGAGAGUUUGAAAGCAGGGAAUAACGCAAUGAGGGCGAUCCAAGGUGAAAUUAACUUGGAUGAUGUUCAAAAACUGAUGGAUGAUACAGCCGAAGCCAAAGCAUACCAGGAUGAAAUCACUGCAAUCUUGGGAGAGAAAUUAUCAGCCGAGGAUGAAGAGGAUAUUCUUGCGGAAUUUGAAAACCUGGAAUCUCAGAUGACAAUAGAAGAUCUGCCAGAAGCUCCUGUUUCCAAAAAAGAUGAAGAGGAGUUGGAUCUCCCUGAUGUACCAACAAAACCACCAGUUGUCUCUACUGAUGAUGAGAUUGUUGCUCAUAAAUCUCAAUCUGCACAUACAAAAGUUAUGGAGGAACCUCUACCUGCGUAGACGUUGAUUGCCAGCGGCCGAAACCCGAAUACGUGGUCAUAUAUCAUGACAUCUGAUGCAGUUUGCCUACAUUCUUUUUUUAUUGCCAUCACAAACUCCCGAAACCGACCGCAGGAACUAUGGCUUUCUGUAGUUGGAUUAGCAUCUCAUUUCACUUGUGUUCAUUUCAGUGGAUGCAAAGAUUAUUGCAGUUGUGUUACCAUGGAUUGUAUUUGAAGUUAAUUGUACAGUUUUUUGUGUUUAUAUAUGAACCCAAAAGUUGAUAUUUACUA